UUCCGGUUCCGGCGGAGCAGUCAAGUUGAGAGAGAGAGAGAGAGAGAGGGGGGGAUGUUGCUGUGGAGAUUGGGGUGCAGGGGCCCCGCUGUGGGGCUAGUGCGGGGGUUCAGGCCGGUACCGCUCCGGUCCCCCCCAGUCAGGGAGUUCAGGAAUCACAACCCGUACACCCGGGGGCAGGAGAGGGACUGGCGGAGCCGGAACAAGACGGUCCUGACGUACGUGGCUGCGGCGGUGGUGGGUAUGGUGGGGAUGUCCUAUGCCGCCGUGCCCCUCUACCGCCUCUACUGCCAGGCUACAGGCCUGGGUGGCACGGCAGUGGCCGGGCACAGCUCGGAGCAGAUUGAGGCAAUGGAGCCGGUGAAGGAUCGUGUUAUUAAAGUGACAUUUAAUGCGGAUGUGCAUGCCAGUCUGCACUGGAACUUCCGGCCCCAGCAGGGAGAAAUCUAUGUGGUUCCGGGAGAAACGGCUUUAGCCUUUUAUAAAGCGAAGAAUUCAACCGAGAACCCUGUGAUUGGGAUCUCCACCUACAAUGUUGUACCUUAUGAAGCUGGCCAGUACUUCAACAAGAUUCAGUGCUUCUGCUUUGAAGAACAGAGGCUCAAUCCUCACGAAGAGGUGGACAUGCCCGUGUUUUUCUUCAUAGACCCAGAAUUUGCCGAUGACCCCCGGAUGGCGAAGGUGGACACUAUUACUCUAUCUUAUACCUUUUUUGAAGCCAAAGAAGGACAGAAGCUGCCGCUGCCGGGGUACAGCUGAGCCGGCUCUGCAGGAAUAUCUUCUGAGCUCCCAGAUAUUUUUAUAUUCAGUGACUUGAGACUCUAAUAAGUAUGUUUUAUUUAUGGUGGAAGACACAAUAUAAAUAGAAAGUCAUUUUACCGUGAUGGGAGAGAAUACUCCCUGGUCCUUGCGACUCUCAGUACUUCCUUCCUGGCAAAACACAGCCGCCCUGCCGUGCUUUAUGGCUACGACUCAACAUGUGAAAUUGGAGCUGGAGUCGUAUGGCAAAUUUAAUUUCAAGUCCUGUGUAUUGUAGAGAUUGCACCUCUGCAUCUUAUCUAUUUUAGCUUAAAAGAAAAUCAAUUAUGUUUUUAUAUAAAAAGGAUUAAAGCUGUGUCUCUUGUCAC